AUGAGUGAUACCCACUCUCUGUCAAACAAGCUCUCCAACAUCAAGAGAUGUUAUCUUGAUAUUGAGAAUCAAAAAACCGUUCUACAGGAAGAAAAUAACAAGGUCUUAAGAACACUCAGUUUAGCGGAAAGAGGCUGUCUUAACCAGAUCAGAGAGGUGGAAGCGCAUCUCAGAGCUUUGGAGAGAAAGUAUGACCAGAUUAAAGCUGAGAACAUCUUUCUUCUGAGAGAGAUCAAGCGUCUUGUCGACGCUGCACCACUGUCAGAAGGCAAAGGAGAUCCCGCUGCCAAUGAGAUGUUUACCAAAGUUUAG